AUGCUUUUGUCAAAGGCCGCUUUUUUUGCCAUUCUAAUCUCGGCUACGAUCGGUGUGAAUGGCCUCAACGGCAGGACGACCGGCAUUCUCAAUUGGGAGAAGCGAACCGCCUUCCCGUUUAACGAUUGGCAUUGUGGAUAUAGCGAAUCGAUUCGGAAUGAUACGUACGCAUUGGCAUUACGAGAAGCACCAAGGGCUAUGGAACUGAUCAACGAGUGCUGCAUUGUGCAUCAGCAUUGCUACACGAAACAACAUGGACGGAGUACGUGCGAUCAUCGUGUUUGUGGCUGUGUCACGAAUGUUGUUGAGAAGCACGCUCUACCGCAAGCGGCGAGAUACAUGUGGAACAUGGAUGAAUGUGAGCGAAGACUCGAAAAUGGUUCAGCAAAUGCGUACAAAAAGGCUGCUAAUGUAAAGAUUGUUUCCACCGAGGAUCACUGUGAUACGGAAUGUCGUCACUCGUAUGGAAUCGCCGUCUUCCUGGCCACUAUCGUUGCUGUCACUUUCCUCUUUGUUUGUUUCCGCGGAUGCACGAAGCCAUCAAAACUCGAACGUGUCAAGGGACGAGCUAGCCUUCAGAACAUGCGCAACAACAAUGGACAACAGCCGCCCAAAUUUCUUGUAUACCCAUCCCGAAAGCAAUCCGGCUAUCAACCAUUGUACAGCACUGCA